AAUUCGGUUCGAAUGUCGCCGCCGUCGUCGCGCAUCAUUUUAUUGUAGUAACAGUUCACAUUCAGCAAUCGUCGGUAGCGGAAUACUUCGGUUCGUACUUCGUAGAGCGUAGACUUUCCGGCUCCGUGAUAUUGUUUGAAUUUCUACAAAGUAAAUAAACGUUAGUUUAUUAUAAACCUGUGUUUAUGGGAUUUGUUUUUGUGCUUGGCGAACGAACACCGGUUUUUGCUUUGAAAAUAAAAUAAUUGCACGUGCGGUUCUUCGGAAGGUGGUGGUUUAUUUAUUUAUUUUAAUUUUUAACCCAGUGGUUUUGUUUAUUUAUUUUUCGUUUCUCGUGUUUGUUUGAUUGCGAGUGUUAGGUCAGUUAUUUUAUUUAUCUAUUUAAAAUAAUUGUAUACAAUCUAUCUUUGCUUAUAGUUGUAAGUACUGCGUAGCUUAUAGCCAUUGGCAUUUCUACAUUACUUACCUACCUACCUACUGGUCAUUGGUGUUAAUUUAAUGUGUUUCAUUUUCAUCAGUCAAAUUGUAUUAUUGAUAAGUGCGUGCUGUUUGUAAUCAAAAAGUAAUAAAUAAAAUAAUCUCUUUUUUGUAUGUGAAAUUAUUGUUUUAAGUGCUGUGUGACGGACGCUCCUCAAGCGCGUAUUCGAUUCGGUGCAAUCUGAAGUCUAUAUAUAUAUGGGUAUAAAAUAAAUAUAAAUAAUAAUCGAAUAUAGAUUCAGAAAAGUAGUUCAUAAAUCAUACGACACAGCCUGUCAUUAAUUAAACAUUCAUAAGGAAAUCCAAAGUUUAAUGAUUAUUUAUAUAAUAUAAUAUUCGGGUGUGUGUGUGGGUUUAACUUAUACAAUUUUUAAAGGAGACUCUUCACAGCACGGAAGGCCAAUUACUUUUGCUUGAUGGUAAAUUGUUGUUAGCUCGGGACCUUAGCUCACUUUGGUGUAUUAACCACAAGGCACGUGGACGUUGUGUGGCACCAACAGGAUGAACGUACGUUGUAUAUGAUGCAAAUGAACCCAUGUAUCCGUAAAUAAUUUCAAGGAAUAGAAAAAAAGCGUUCACAUCCUUCAAAUUUAUUGACACCGUUUUCCAAUAAGAUCAUCAGUAAACAACAAAAAUAACAACAAGAACAAAGAUGGAAACAAAUCUUGACUAAAAAAAUCCUUCUUCAAGCCUGGCUUUAAAGCUUCUCUAUUCCGAAAACAACCACCGAUAAUACUAAAUUCAAAACAGCCAGAGAAAGUGAGAUAAAACUCCCGACCUAAAGUGCAUUUCUUGCUCAAAUAUGUGGUCAUAUCGAAUGCAACGUCUUGCUCUAGUUGCAAUCGUAGCACUAAUUUAUCUUAUGGAUUUGCUAUCAGCUGAAGAAAAUAUUUCCCAUCAACCUAAUCAUGGAAGCAGAGAUGCAACCUUAAAAUCAUCAUCUCAGACGCCUUCAUUAGCUUCGUCGAAAAAUACGACGACAACAACAACGACGUCGUCAUCUCCAAGAAGAAAGUCUCGCACUACACCAACGAACCACACACAAAGGACCAAGAAACUACCAAAUUCCCAACAGCCUCACGAACAUCGUCAUCACCAACAGCAUUCACUGCACCAACAACAACAGAACUCAGGCGGUUUGCCGCCGACGCUGUCACAAGCAAGCGGCAACUUAGACACUAUGUUGCCGUUCAAUGCGAUACCAUCAAUGGCUCAAGGGAUGCGUGAACGUAAGCCCAACAUAAUCCUCAUCUUGACCGAUGACCAAGAUGUCGAGUUGGGUUCAUUGAAUUUCAUGCCACGUACUUUGCGACUCCUGCGAGAUGGAGGCGCAGAGUUUCGACAUGCCUACACCACAACCCCAAUGUGCUGUCCUGCAAGAUCUUCCCUCCUAACGGGCAUGUACGUCCACAAUCACAUGGUCUUCACCAACAAUGACAACUGCUCCAGUCCCCAGUGGCAGGCGACCCACGAGACCAGAUCCUUUGCAACCUAUCUAUCGAAUGCGGGCUACCGAACCGGCUACUUCGGCAAAUACCUUAACAAGUACAAUGGGUCAUACAUUCCACCUGGCUGGCGGGAAUGGGGUGGUCUUAUAAUGAACUCCAAAUACUACAACUACAGUAUCAACAUGAAUGGCCAAAAGAUCAAACACGGCUUUGAUUAUGCUAAGGACUACUAUCCGGAUCUAAUAGCAAAUGAUUCAAUAGCAUUCCUGCGGCAAUCGAAACAGCAAAACCAAAGAAAGCCUGUUAUGCUGACAAUGAGCUUCCCAGCACCACAUGGCCCCGAGGACUCUGCUCCCCAAUAUAGCCAUUUGUUUUUCAAUGUCACAACGCAUCAUACCCCAUCCUACGACCAUGCACCUAAUCCAGACAAACAAUGGAUCUUACGAGUUACUCAGCCCAUGGAACCAGUGCACAAACGUUUCACAAACAUUCUGAUGACCAAAAGACUGCAGACCCUCCAAAGUGUUGACGUAGCCGUGGAGCGAGUUUAUAACGAACUUAAAGCACUUGGUGAACUCGAUAAUACGUACAUCAUUUACACCUCAGACCAUGGCUAUCAUUUGGGACAGUUCGGAUUGAUUAAGGGUAAAAGUUUCCCCUUUGAAUUUGAUGUACGAGUUCCGUUCCUAAUACGUGGACCAGGCAUUCAGCCGGCAAUUGUAGUCGAUGAAGUUGUGCUAAAUAUUGACUUGGCACCAACAUUCCUCGACAUGGGUGGGGUUCCAACACCCCCGCACAUGGAUGGUCGGAGUAUUUUACCAUUGCUCCUUAGUAGACACCGUAGCAUACGUGACCUAUGGCCGGAUACAUUCCUAAUUGAGAGUUCCGGUCGGCGGGAGACUCCAGAGCAAAUAGCCGAGUCUAAGGCGAGACUACAGGCGGAACGACUUGACAUGAAGUUAGUGAAUAGCACCUUAGUUGAGGACAUACCAAAGAAUAUAACUAACAAGGCGGCCAGCGUCGCUGUCACGAUGGUAGAGGUGGAGGGCGGCAAUUCGAGUGCUGAUGCCAUUCGUAGUAAUGAGGAAAAUGUUAACUUGGAAUCACAUGAGGAGCACGAUGAUUUCGAUGACAUUGAUGAUGAUACUAAGUUUGCUGACGAUGACGACGAUGAGGAUGAGGAUGAGUUCGAAAGUGACGUGGAUGAUGAUAGAGGAAUGAUAGAAAGCUCGACGGGGCUGGGUGAUUAUGGUGGUAAUGUAGACGCGCACACACAGCAACAGGAUCAAUUUGACAAUCAUUUGCCUCUAGCGCCGUAUAUGACAAAAAUGAUGCGAUUAAACUCAGAGUGUUCGGAUCCAGCACUGCUACAGAAUUGUCGUCCCGGCCAAAAGUGGAAGUGUGUUAACGAAGCGGGGCGCUGGAGAAAGCACAAGUGCAAAUUCCAUUUACAACUCCAACAUCAUUUAGCCGAAUUGAACAAAAUGCCCAAGCAGUCGAAGCGUAACUGUGCCUGCUUCACUCCCGACGGAGUUGUUUAUACCAAAAUCAAAACCAAUCGGGAUUAUUUUGGAACUCGUCUGCGUAAAAGAAAUCAAGCCUUCCUAACACGUCGUCAUAAACGUGCCACGUUCGAGGGAUUACCAUCGCAACCACCACAAAAUCGACAAUUUACGGAAGAAGAAAAUUCUUCUCCAAAUGAGAUUUACCUGAAUUAUUUUCCAAAUGAAAUUGAGAAACUGCUUGACAUAUCGAAUACCUUAUCGCUAAUUGAACACCAUCUUCGUGAUGGUUCACAAAAUAAUUCUUCCGGUGCUGGUGAUAGACGUGCGAAUGAGUUGAAAUACCGUCACAAACGAGAAACACCCAACUAUCUCGAUGGAACAACCUCCGCCUCAUCCUCAGCUACUCCCAAUGACCCAAUUACCAAAGUUAUUCAAGAAAUUCAAAGUACCCUGGAAACUCUGGAAGUGAAAUUCCUCGAACACGAACUGAAUACGAAUAACUUGACCCGUGGGAUAAGUAUUGGUGGCAGUGGUGGUAAUGGUGGGGGUGGAGGUAGGUCAUCACCAAAAAUUGGUGGCAAACUGGGAGCAAAAUGUUUCAUCGAAUCCGAAACGGGCAAAGUCAAUUGUUCUGAUGUGAUUUAUGACGACGAAAAGACAUGGCGCAAAUCACGCGGCCAAAUCGAUUUGCUGAUUAAAGUACUCAAGGAUAAGAUAAAUCAUCUCAAGGACAUUAAAAAGCAAUUGAAAGAAAACAAGUCGAUGACAGCAUCAGCUGCAUCCCCGGGUGGGAUGAUAAGAUUCGACGAUGUGAAUUAUGAUGAAGCUGAUGGCCUUGAAGAUGAAUUAAUGGAGAGCUCGACGGUGGAUGGUGGUGAUUUCCAUAACCCACGACGCCCUAACAAGGGUGGAAAGCGAGGAAGUAAAUUUGAUAGACUUCACCACAAUACCCGACCCAGGAAGCCCAUCAUACAGGAUGGCGGCCAAAUGCUGGACAUGAACUUUUUCCACACCCAAACAACAGAUCGUAAUGACAUUUUUGAAACACCGCAUAGAGCGAGUGGAAACGUGUUUGGCAAUCAUCCUCGACGCCGCGGAAGUGGUCACCAUAGAUAUCAUGGCCGAAGGCCUUUUGUUCAUAGAGUCAUAAGUACUACAACAACAACAACAGUCCCCACAACAACUGUAUUGGAUACCCAACCAAACCAAACAACGACUGCUAUUCCAAUUGCUUCUUCAGCCGCCCCCUCAUUUGAUUCUGUCACAUUGACAAAAGAUGGGGCAGAUCAAGUGCUUUCUAUGACCACAUUCAGUCCACCGACGACGACAUCUUCAAGUAGUGCGAGCAGCGGCAGUAGUAGUAGUAGCAGUAGUAGUGCUGCCCCAUCGACUCCAAGUGCAAAUGACAUCUCAAAUAACUUCAAUGAGGAAGACGCUUAUAACAUAAGAGUGCAACAACAUCAAGGAAACUUGAAUUCCAGAACGACAGAUCCAUUCCAUCAAGAAAAGUUUCAAUUUUCUGGACCAGCUGAGUGCUAUUGUGAACCGGAAAUCGAAAGUGACCCGGACGAAAAAGAACUUGCUCGUGAAGCACGUCGCAAAUUAAAAGAAGAACGUCAAAGAAAAAAAGAACGUAAACGAAUUAAAAAGGCACGCCUCGAAAAAGAAUGUCUUUCAGAGAAAAUGAAUUGUUUCUCGCAUGACAAUAGCCAUUGGAGAACAGCUCCAUUGUGGAAUGAUAGUCCUUUUUGCUUUUGCAUGAAUGCCAAUAAUAACACCUAUUCGUGUAUACGAACAAUAAAUGCCACCCAUGACUACCUGUACUGUGAAUUCACCACCGGGCUUAUAACCUACUAUAAUUUAAGAAUUGAUCCUUUUGAGACCUUAAAUCAAGCAUCCUCGCUAACCAUGGAGGAGAAAUCUUACAUGCACGAUACACUUAAUCGACUGAAAAGUUGUCGUGGCAAAGGGUGUACCGUGAGAAGACAUCACUUGCCUUCAGAAUCUGGAGGACAACACUCGAUGCGAGCACCAAAGAGAAAGCAACCAGGUUUCGUGACAUCUUCUUCCUAUCCAGAUUUUGAUGGACCAAAAGCGAAACGAAGGAAAAUCUCUAAAUGGACAAAUCAUACCAAAAGAAAAUCAUGGAAACAACAACCGCUCCAACAACAUCAACAAUCUCAAUUCAUACACCAAACCUACGGACGUGAAACGCCACCGUUACGACGAAAUCGCUACCAUCAGGGAUGGCAUCAUCAAAACAAACAACAACAACACCAAAUUCACUACCAAAACCAAUCACAUCACCAACACCAACAGCACAACAAAAGACGUCCCAUAUGGUCGUCGUCGUCCAACGAACGAGAUGUAAUAGCAGCGCCACCAGAGUCGAAAUAAAAAUAAACAAAAACGAUCAAAACUGCGAAUUCGGACAUUUUUUCAAAAAGGAAUCUAUUAGAUACAAAAUCAAGUGAUACUAACGAACCAGUGAACAACGACCAGGAAUUGCUCUUCGUAUAUAUUUUAUAAAACUCUGUGCAGAAUAUAAAUAAGCUUACAAGCAAGGAGAAGACGCUCAGGUCUUAAUAUGGACAAUGGACACUUCUACAACAACUAACAAAAAAUUAUCCUCACUUAAGCACAGCAAAUUUCUUUCAUUCAACACUAAUAAAAUACCUGCAUUGGAAAAACUCUUUUUCAAACUUAUUUUAUGUCAUUUAUCUAUGACCUACCUAAUUAUGUAUUUCUUUUCUUUUUUAACAAACUAUAAUUAUUAAUUGUGCAUUUUAAUCUAGUAAAUCAUUUAAACAUUAAGCUAAACAAGGUAUUAUUGUUAUUUAUAAAACUUUUGCUUUUUUUAUGUACAACUUUAGCUAAUAUUUUAAUUUUAUACAAAAAUGUUCAAUGAAGAAAAAGACUGUUUUAGGUUCAAAAUAAAAUACAAAACAAAAAACACAAAUAUUUUGCAUUUUUAUGAACCUUUUACUUUAAGCUUUCAAUUUAUAUUAAUUUAAAAAAAAAUAAUAAAAUUAAAAAUUUAAAUAAAAAAAA